AUGGGAGCCACCACGGGCUCGGGAGUAAAAGUCCCUUGCAAUUUUCAACUGUUGGAAGAACUGGAAGAAGGCCAGAAAGGAGUAGGAGAUGGCACAGUUAGCUGGGGUCUAGAAGGUGAUGAAGACAUGACACUUACAAGAUGGACAGGAAUGAUAAUUGGGCUUCCAAGAACAAUUUACAAAAACCGAAUAUACAGCCUUAAAAUAGAAUGUGGACCUAAAUACCCAGAAGCACCCCACUUUGUAAGAUCUGUAACAAAAAUUAAUAUGAAUGCAGUUAAUAGUUCUAAUGGAGUGGUGAACCUAAGAGCCAUAUCAGUGCUAGCAAAAUGGCAGAAUUCAUACAGCAUCAAAGUUGUCCUGCAAGAGCUCAGGAGCCUAAUGAUGUCUAAAGAAAACAUGAAACUCCCUCAGCCGCCCGAAGGACAGUGUUACAACAAUUAAUCAAAAAGAAAAACCACAGGUCCUCCCCCUACCCCCUCCCAUUUGAUUUAAG